GUACAAUUCGACAGGACCGCUACUUGAGUUUUUAGAAUCGCUGUCCUGAUGUCAGACCGGAAAGCGGAGUUAGAGCGAAAAAAAGCAAAGCUUCUUGCUAUGCGAGAGGAAAAAAAGAAAAGAGAGGAAAUAAAGAAAACUGGUAUUUACGAUGCUGAAGCCUCAGACAUACGUCAAACGACUGAGGAAUUAUUAAAAGAUCUUGGCCUACCUGAACCCGUAGUACCUCAGGCUAGUAACAUACGUGAACUAGAAUCACCGUCUCUUGAUACGAUUGAUGGCGUGCUCCAACGUAAUUCCAAGAAACGGAAAAAUUUGCAAGUUUCCGAUGUUUUUGAGAUUGCGAUUCCUCCUCCGGAAACCAUAAUUUAUAGCAAAGAAACUCAGACUCUAGAAGAACCUCAAGAACGGGAAAUAUUAACAUACGAUGAAGGUAAUCGUGAUGAAGUGGAUGCCAAUGCUGCGUUAGCGGAACUGGAAAAGAUGCCUCAUAUCGGUGUCACUAAAACUGGACAAUCUCGUGGAAUAUUAGAUAAAAUUGAUGGAAUACGGACAAGUACUGAUGGUGUUGACGAGAAUACCUCAAAUGAUAUUCAACGUAAUGAUAUUAUCCCAAUGUCAGAGGAGGAAAAAGCUCAAUUAUUAUCAUCCGAUGCUUUUCUACGCUUUUUUGAACGUUCUUCACGUAUAAUUGAACGAGCGAUUUGUCAUCCAGAUGAAGGUAUCUUUUUGGAUUAUUCCGGUCAAGAUCUUGAAACUGAAGAGUCUGAUGAAUUGUUAACUGUAUCGAAUGAAUUUUUUGAUGAAAGAUGGUCUAAACAUCGUACAAUCACUGGUUUAGAUUGGUCAACUAUAUUUCCAGAAUUAUUACUUACAGCAUAUCAUAUGAAUGAAGAAGCUGUUCAUGAACCUGAAGGUGUUUGCUUAAUGUGGAAUAUGAAAUAUCCAAAGAAAUUAACACCGGAAUUUAUAUUUCAUUGUCAAUCCCCAGUUACAUCGGCUAGUUUAUCACGUUUCCAUCCAAACAUUGUAGUUGGUGGUACUUAUUCUGGACAGAUUGUCUUAUGGGAUAGUCGGUAGGUUAACUAAUUUUUUCUAAAAAGAUACUUUAACUUAAUGAAAUCUUAAAAAUCAUGUGCAGACGGGUAGUUCAGUGGUUAAUGUAUCCGAAAUUCAACCAUUAAGUCUCAAGUUUAAAUGGUGUUCUACCUAUUUUAGUUCAAUUCAACUUAUAGUAUCGUGCUAGCCGUCACACUUAAAAUGUAACUCAAAUACAGGUACACGAAUAUGUUUCUGGUAAUGAGUUGAUAAAAGAAAAAAACCUCUAUACUACCUAACAAACCACUGAAAAAAUACAGAAUGUUAAUGUAAAACAUGUAAGUAAAGCGUGAGAUUGUUGUUUAUAAGACUAACCCAACAUUUUCUUUCCAGUUAUUAGGUCACGAAAAGUAAUUUAAUGUGACUAGAUCAAUGAGAUUUGUUCUAAAAUGUCGUAUGUCAUCUGUAACUGUCUACCAUUUUCAAUGUUGUUUAUAAUUAUUUAUCAAGUUUAAAUUCUUACACCACUUAGUUCAGUAGUCUGGUAUUCAUUGCACUGGCUAUGUUUUAUUCCAUUGUACUUGUUUUACUCCCAAAGUUGCUUUUGAUUUAUCAUUCUUAGUACUCUUACAACAUGUCUCGAACAAAUGUCCUAGACUUCAUUUCACUCUUUCUUAAACUCAUCCUUGCUUAACAUGCUCAGGUUAAUGCGAUUACCUCUGUUGAUAUUUCAGUAAUGCUCCCAAGAAUAUCCACUUCACACAAUUAUAAAUAUACCCCAGAAGAGGCUAAUUUUACAUUAGUUUUCUGGAGAAGCAUACAACACUCAUCCUUUUACAUUACGCCUGGGUAAGAUCACUAGUCCUCACACAUAAAGUAACUCGAAGCCGAUUGCAUGAACCAGUACUUGGUUGUAUAAGUUACUUCGUCACAUGUAUAAACGAGUUUUCUCUCUCUCGAAUUAUAGAGUCAAUAAACGAACACCAGUUCAGCGUAGUCCAUUAACAUCAUGGGCUCAUACCCAUCCAGUAUUUGCAAUUACACUAAUUGGUACUCAGAAUGCCCACAAUAUUAUUAGUCUAGGAUCAGAUGGCUCAUUAUGUGCAUGGAGUUUAGAAAUGUUAGCACAACCACGAGAGAAAAGUAAAGUUUGUGAAAUGUCUUCUGGUGGUCUGUUCGAUCUUUAUCCUACAUGUAUGUCAUUUUUUGCUAAUGAUGUGAAUAAUUACGCUGUUGGUGCUGAAAAUGGUAAUGCUUAUUGUGGACAACGGCAUAGCAGUCGUACGGGUGUUGCUGAAGAAACUUCACGUCAUGUUCCAUAUAAAGGACAUGGUGCACCUCUUACAGCCAUCUCUACUCAUCCAAGUCCUUGUGCUUUUAGUUUUUCAUCGCUGUUUCUUACUGCAUCAUUAGAUUGGACUGUACGUUUAUGGUCUACACGUGAACAUAAACCUAUACAUACAUUUGAUGAUUAUUCGGAUUAUGUAUAUGAUGUAUGCUGGAGUCCUAUACAUCCGGCUGUAUUUUCCGCUGUUGAUGGUACUGGAAAUUUAGAUAUAUGGGAUAUGAAUCAAGAUGCUGAAAUUCCUGUGGCUCGUCGCAAAUUAGGAUUAUCAAGCAAUGUAGACACAUCUUCAUCGUCAUCAUCUGGUCUAGUUGGUGUUGCUUUAAAUAAAUGCCGUUGGAAUAUUGCAGGCACACAUGUAGCUGUUGGAGAUGAUACCGGUCGUGUUACUGUUUGUAAUGUUCACGAAAGUCUUUCUCAACCUGCCACUGAUGAUUGGUCUAGUUUCGCACAUGUAUUAUCUGAUCUUAAACACUAUGAAAUGGAGCCAGAAGUAGAAACAGAAGCAUAAUCUUGGUUUAAGGCCUGAUUUUCUCUAUUUUUUUGUAUUUCUGUGAAUCAUACAUACCUCUUCUAUGUAACACCAAUCAGCUUCAAUCUUAUUUUAGGUUGUUUUGAGAACUGAAGUUGCAUUUGUAAGUUGACAUUAGCAUAUUUGGUUUUCAUGACAAUUGAUAAAGUACUUUAAUAUAGGGGUUCCGUUUAAAAAAUAUCUUUAAAAGGCUGUGUUGGGUUUCUUUCUUUUUUUUGGAAAAAACUUCUAUGACUUGUAUUUUGUUUUAUUUUGGUUCUAUCUAAUUAUGUAAGUAGUUUAAGAUGACAGUGUGCAAUGGAGUUCUCAAUUUCACUUUUAUUCAAAUUUUUGUUAUUUGUGAUAAUGCUCUUAAAUUUCAUAAUAUUUUGUCUGACUCGGUUACUUUUGAUGCUUCCUUAUAAUUAUCAUAAAUAAUACUGAAUAAUAAAAAUCGUCUUUAGUUUUCAUUCUAGUCUGAUAUUUUUAUUAGAUGAUUUGUAAAUAUCUCGUAAAGGUCGUAAUUUGUUCAGUAAUCUUUUUCCAUUUUAGAUUUGAUAAACUAUCACUGGGGGUAUUGAAAGAGCAUCAAAAUAGAGCUGAGAGUAUAUUCAGAACUUAGUUGGAUUGUAGGACAUUAUUUCAGUUGUGGUUAGCAUUCGGUUCUCGACUGCAGUUGUUAGAAAUCACUAUUACUUUUAUGUCUGUCGCAACCUACAUUUUGACUUUCCUUUUAUCACUCGGUGUUUAUACAUAUAUAGUGUUCCGUCUGUCUUUAAUACGUGUGUGUAGCCGGACUAUGAAUUUGUGUACGAAUAUAUAAACAUAAC